AUACGUGAUAUUUACAGCAGAUUGCACGACCUGAAGAAGAUUACCUCUUUGUUGGAGUAACUCUCAUCUUCCUUUUCCAAUUUUAGUCGCAUUUAUACAAAAACUAUAGUAUACCAAGAAGGAUCAAAUGGAAACAGAGAACGGCACGGGAAUGCAAACUGAGGUGGAGGAGUCUGCUUAUUCGCUGGCUCGGUGUAAGCUGGAGAAUCUUCUCAAUAAGAGCAUGAGGAUUCGGAUGACAGACGGGCGCACGCUGGUGGGGCUCUUCCUAUGCACAGACCGAGACUGCAACGUCAUCCUGGGAUCUGCACAAGAAUUCCUCAAAUCCACAGAUUCUUUCUCACAGGGUGAGCCCAGAGUGUUGGGACUGGCUAUGAUCCCCGGCCAUCACGUGGUUUCAAUAGAGGUGGAAUCUGAAAGCCUUCAGACCACCACCCAUGGACUCUGACAACUUUAGAGACAUUUGAGAUCACCAUAUGGACUAUAGAGAAUGUUGUUUCCACACACACUUUGUGUCUGCAACUACAGAGAUGGCCACUAGAGGUGGAGUUACUGUAAUCCAAAUGGAUUUUUCCUUAUUUUUUGGGAAAUGCAGUACACAAUGGGUUGGUCCUCUGUGAUGAAACAAAAAUAAUAAUGGCGUGGCUGGUAAACUGUACUCAAUUUGCUUGUGUGUGUGUUUGCUUGUUUGUGAGCAGUGCACAUUGUCAUUUUUAAAUAAGAGAUUAAGAAUCAUUCUGAUAUUGUA